AUGUCGACUUUAAAAGCACCAUUGACGGGCAAUCUUAAGAUUGCACUUAUUCAAAUCAAGGCAGGCUCAGAUAAAGCUGCCAAUUUACUAAAAGUAGAUAAGUUUGUUGAAAAUGCCAUUAAAAAUUCCAAGAUUGGUAAGAUUGAUUUGAUAAUGUUACCAGAGUGUUUUAAUUCACCAUACGCUGUUGACCAAUUCCGUAAGUAUGCAGAGAAUAUACCUAAUGGAGAGACGACCAAUUUUUUGUCGAAUUUAGCUAAAAAGCAUGAAAUUUUCAUCAUUGGAGGAUCAUUUCCGGAGAUUUCACUGGAUAAAAUAUAUAAUACAUCGUUGACAUUUGGACCAGAUGGUGAUAUUUUGGCUAAGCAUCGCAAGGCCCACUUAUUUGAUAUCGACAUCCCCAAUGGAAUUACUUUCAAAGAGUCAAUCACAUUAGAUGCCGGAGAUCAAGCCACGGUCUUCAAAUUAGGAUCAUUUGGAAAUAUUGGAUUAGGGAUUUGUUAUGAUAUUAGAUUCCCCGAAUUGGCUCAAAUUGCAUCGCGUAAUCCAUACAAUUCAUUUGGGAUGUUUUACCCGGGGGCAUUCAAUACGACUACAGGGCCAUUACAUUGGCAUUUAUUGGCCAGAUCAAGAGCAGUUGAUAAUCAAAUGUAUAGUGUUUUAUGUAGUCCUGCCCGGGAUGUUGAAGGAGGAGGAUAUCAAGCAUACGGACAUUCAUUAGUUGUUGAUCCCACCGGGAAGAUAAUUGCUGAAGCAGGAGAAGAAGAAGAGAUAUUAUAUGCUGAGUUAGAAGGAGAUUUACUUCCUAAAGUUAGAAGUGGGAUACCAGUGCAUUAUCAAAGAAGAUUUGAUAUCUAUCCCGAUAUCAGUAAGAGUGACGUUAGAGUAAGUAAUUAA